UCAAACCCAUGGCUCCUUUCUCUUGCGGUUGGAGCAUCUGUCCCAUUCGGGUUUGGUCACCAUCUGACAGCAUCUGCGCAUGAACCCGAACGGCACCGCCACAAAACGUGCGAUUGCCGUGGCUUCCUCUGCCCGUCUCGUUAGUUGUCUUCUCUGGUCGGAUUGAUUUUCCGUCCCACGGCGGAUUCGUGACCUACCUUGGAUUAUCGAUUGAUUGCGACGCGAAUCGUUGAAGGUGUAGGAGCAAGAUGAAUCAGGCUAGCACGACAGGCGUUAGUGACGAGCCCAGCAGUGAUCCAUCCAAAAGGGUAAGCGGCUGCUUCGACUGCAACAUCUGCCUGGACUUUGCCGUGGAGCCGGUGGUCACCCGCUGCGGCCAUCUCUACUGCUGGCCUUGCAUCUACGAGUGGCUGCGCCUCGACGGCGAGCACGUCGGCGCCUCGACAGGGCGGCCGUGCCCCGUGUGCAAAGGCCCGCUCACGCUGGACUCGCUCGUGCCGCUCUACGGCCGUGGCGACAGCCGCUCCGAUAAGCCACUGCCCCACCCGGCCAUUCCAAGCCGGCCGACCGUGCAGAUCAGCGGUGGCAGUGACCUUCAGCAGGUGAGGACAGAGCCCGAUUGGCUGACUCGUUCACCCAGUCAAGCGCAUAGCCAUGCCGGUACCGCGAGGUUCAACGUCCUAUACCCUCCUUCACCGCUCGGACGCCGCGGCGUGAAUGUGAUGCACUCGACGGCCGGAGGUGUUCUUGGAGGAAUGGCAAUGGCGGUGCUUCCCUUGGUGCUCCGUGGCGAGGUGCCAGUGCCAAGUGCAUACUACUCCAGCCCGUCUGCCCUGCAAAACAUGAGCCCUAGGCUGAGACGGCAGCAUAUGGAGGUGGAGAGGUCUCUGCAUCAGAUAUUGUUCUUCCUCUUUGUGUUUGUCGUGCUAUGCCUGCUCUUAUUCUGAUCUCUGGAGCAGAUAUUAAGAUAUACUAGAAUCUGGUGUACAUAGUAAAAGAGGUCAUAUGUACAGGUCA